AUGGCCUGUAAAAUGGGUAGCUCUAGCUCAAAGGAUCUUAUGGGCAAUGGUAUGAAGGGGGACAAUGCUCCUAAGUUGUCUGUGCUUAUCGUAGAUGAUGACGCGAUUCUGCGAAGAAUACACACUAUGUUCUUCAAAAAGCAUGGAUUUGAGACUACUGCGGUUGAAAAUGGACAAGAGGCUAUCAAUUUGUAUCGCUCCGGUUCGUGGUUUCAUCUAGUUCUCAUGGACAAGGAAAUGCCUGUUAUGGAUGGACCCGAGGCAACAAGGGAGCUUAGGGCUAUGGGAGUAAACAACAUGAUAGUGGGAAUGACUUCUCGCGAUAGAGAUUCGGAACAACAAUCAUUCAUGGAGGCUGGCCUCGACAACUGCUACAUCAAGCCAUUGACUGCUAACGUAGUUGUUUCUCUUGCACAAGCCAUUGCCAACAAGAACUCGGAGUAA